AUGCUUCUCCAACUUGGUCGUAGUCAAUCAAUUCUAACCUAUCGUUCUUUGGGUGCCAGAAGAUUCGCCUCAUCACAUUCUCAUUCAGACGCUAAAAUUGAGCGAAAAUCUGAUGAUUAUCGGCCAGGAAGCGAUUCUUAUGCUUAUGAAAACCCAUGGCCAAAAUUGAAUGGUGGAAGAUUGGAUUGGUUGUUCGGAGAUGGUUGGAGAAGACCUUUGGCUAAAGAUCAAGGAGCAAAAAUGGUGAUUAUUUUUUAGAGCUUUGAUUCGUUGUUAGAUUAUUUUUUUGUAAAACAAUAACUGGAAUUUUGCUUUUUCUGAUUUCAUUAUUUUUCUAAAAUCUUCUUAUUUCAGCGUCGCGAAUGGAUUUGGUUCUCUCAAGUUGCUCAUGAUGAACAUAAAGAUUGGACUCGUUUCCAUCAAGUUUCAUUCCUUCUUUUCACAGUUUUAACAACAUGGUUCACUUGUUGGAUUAUGUUUGCUCGACCAGAUUGGCCAAUGGGAAGAGAAUGGGCAUUGAGAGAGGCACAUUUGGAAAUUGCGAGAAGAGAAAAAGCUGGACUUCCGCUAAUUAGCCCCGAUUUGAUUGCGAGAGAAAGAGUUGCCGCAACUUUACCAGCUGAUGAAGAACUCCGCGAUUUCGAUGUUCUUAUUUAA